AAAAUAAUCCGAAGCGGCAUCUCGUGAGCUUCCCUCACAUUGCCUACGUUGCAGCAAUGCAAAAUCCAAACCCCAACGGGUUUUGUCAGCGUUUGACUUACAGCUCAGCAUAUGCAUAACCAAAUUUAAAAAAGAGAGAAAAAUAAAACCUUACAAGCUCCUCCGAGGUUUAUUCUUCAGACCAUGACAAUUAACAACCUACGACCCUGUCUACCCGUUGAUCGAAGUUUCUUCUUUGAACUUUUGGGUUCCUUAAUCUUUAAUCAAAACUGAAUUUUGGUCCUUUUUUCCCUUUCCUUCGUUGUUGCUUGCUCUUCUUGUGUGCCCUUUGUCCAAUGCAAAAUUUGUGAUCUUGAUCAAUGAUCAUCUUUUAGUUUCUGGGAGUGCAUCCCUGCUCGCAAUUUUGAUAUUUAUUGAGUCCUUGUGUAUGUAAUUUUGUGAGUUUAAGUUCAUAUUGUGUAAUAAUUUCUACAAUCCCCUUUUGAUGUGCAUCUGCUGUUCUAGUAGAGUCAACUGUUAUUGCAAGGAAGUUAAGAGUUUUUGUUUAUUGCCUUUAGUUUCUUUGCUGAUCACUGUGGUUAUAGCACAGUUCUAGUCACUGAAUUGCGUAUUGAUACCUGCAGCCGUCAAUCAAAUUGAACUUCCACUCCAUAGUAAAAAUUUUCAAAUGUUUUAGUUGUAUAUGUAUCUACGAUUCUUUACAAUCUGUAUAUUGGUAUUCUGUCUAUUGUACAAGAAAGAGAAUAAUAUUGUACCCAAAAGUUUAAAAUUCAAUAUCCAUUUUUUAUGUUCUUACCGUAUAAGAAAGUCACAGCCUUGAGGAAAUUUGUGCAAAACCCAUAUUGGUUUCCAGCAUAUAUAGCUUAGCAUGCAUAUGCUAUAGGCACAAUGUCAAUCCUGUGUGGCCUUCCUCUUGUUGAGUGUGUGUACUGCCUGGCUUGCGCUCGUUGGGCUUGGAAAAGAUGUCUUCAUACUGCAGGCCAUGACAGCGAGAAUUGGGGCUUUGCUGCGGCAGAAGAAUUUGAGCCUAUACCACGCCUUUGUCGCUAUAUUUUAGCGGUGUACGAAGAUGAUCUUCGCCACCCCCUUUGGGCACCUCCUUGUGGCUAUGGAAUUAACCCUGAUUGGUUAAUACACAAAAGGACGUAUGAAGAUACCAGUGGUAGGGCUCCUCCCUAUAUACUGUAUCUUGAUCAUGAUCAUGCUGAUAUAGUUCUUGCCAUCAGGGGUCUAAAUUUGGCAAAAGAGAGUGAUUAUGCACUUCUUUUGGACAACAGAUUGGGGAAGAAAAAGUUUGAUGGGGGGUAUGUUCACAAUGGGUUGUUGAAGGCUGCUGGCUGGGUUUUGGAUGCAGAAUGCGAAAUUUUGAAGGAGUUGGUAGAGAAGCAUCCGAAUUACACUCUAACUUUUGUUGGUCAUUCCCUUGGAUCUGGUGUAGCAGCUAUGCUGACAUUGGUGGUGGUGCAGAAUCAACAUAAACUGGGAAAUAUUGAGAGGAAGCGGGUCAGGUGCUAUGCCAUUGCACCUGCUAGGUGUAUGUCACUGAAUUUGGCAGUCAGAUAUGCAGAUGUCAUCAACUCCGUUGUGUUGCAGGAUGACUUCUUACCAAGGACAGCCACUCCAUUGGAAGAUAUAUUUAAGUCUCUUUUUUGUUUACCAUGCCUAUUAUGCUUGAGGUGCAUGAGAGAUACAUGUAUACCAGAGGAGAAGAUGCUCAAAGAUCCAAGGAGACUCUAUGCGCCCGGUCGCCUUUAUCAUAUUGUUGAAAGGAAGCCUUUUAGAAUGGGAAGGUUUCCCCCAGUUGUGAGGACAGCAGUGCCUGUAGAUGGAAGGUUUGAACAUAUAGUUCUUUCUUGUAAUGCCACAUCUGAUCAUGCCAUUAUUUGGAUAGAGAAAGAAGCUCAAAGGGCUCUGGAUUUGAUGCUGGAGAAAGAUCAUCCCAUGGAGAUCCCUGCAAGGCAAUCAAUGGAGCGUCAGGAAACGCUGACAAGACACAAUGUUGAAUAUAAAGCAGCAUUACAAAGGGCCAAGACAUUAGAUGUUCCACAUGCUUAUACACCACCAUCGGAAUAUGGCACUUUUGAUGAAGAGGAGGGAGAGGAGAACUCAAGAAGAUCACAGGGUGAGUCUUCUAAUAAAAGUACAGCGGAUGAAAGCUGGGAUGCAUUGAUUGAGCGUCAUCUUGAUAAAGAGGAGCAUGGCCACCCUCUGCUCAAGAAAGAGUCAUUAAAUAAGUCAUUUUAGUAGUCUUGUAGAUGUAUAUUGUGGAUAGCAAAUUCUUUCAUUCUUUUGUGGGUCUAUUUGUAGCUCAAACAUGAAACUUGUUAGGAAUCAAGAUUCAUAUUUACAGUCAAACCCUAGGAAGUGAGUUUGGCUCCUAGAAGUUGAUAUUAUGCUCUGUGAGAAUUUGAACCCAGCACUAAGAGUAAGCUAUUAACAUGAAUGAGGAAAAAACUCAAAAAUUUGGCC